AUGGUGGUCGAUGCAAAGACGGCGGCGAGUAUUACGCAGCGGAUCAAGAAGCGGGCGGCGAGCGCGGACAAGGGCGGGCCGAGUGGGUCCGGCACCGUCCUCUACCUCGGCCACAUCCCGCACGGCUUCUAUGAGGAGCAGAUGCGCGGCUUCUUCUCGCAGUUUGGUGAUGUGACAAGGCUCCGGCUGGCGCGUAACAAGAAGACGGGCGCGUCCAAGCACUACGCGUUCGUGGAGUUUGCGCACGCGGAGGUGGCGAGCAUUGUCGCACAGGCGAUGAAUGGCUACCUCAUGUUCACCAAGAUCCUGGUUUGCCAAGUCGUGCCAGACGAGCAGCUGCACCCGAACAUGUUCAAGGGCAGCGGCAAGCCGUUCACGCCGGUCAACCGGCUAAAGCGCGAGCGGGUGGCGCACAACAAGAAGCGGACGGCAGACGAGGCGACGGCGCUCGAGAAGAAGCUGCUCGCUGGCGAGCGCAAGAAGCGGCGGAAGCUCGAGGCGGCGGGCAUCGACUACGAGUUUGGUGGCUAUGAGGCCGCCGUCGCGCAGCGCGAGAAGAAGCGCAAGCGCGCCGCGAGCGCGUGA